UUAGGCUGUCUCUCUUUCUGGAAAAACAAAUCCGACCAAGUUCCAGUCAUGGAGAAACAAAUCGAUUUCACCCACUCAUACCUUUUUUCUCUUUCAAUACUGAAUUAACCUCGGCGUCGCCGCGAGAGACAGCCAGAGAGAGAUAACGACGAGCGCAUGUGAGAUUCAAAUCGGCGACGAGCUUACACGUAGAGUCCAAAGAGCCAACGCCUCCUAAGUCAUCGACGCAUGAAAGCGACGGUUCAUCGCCCGGCGACGGAGAAGGUGUCGGCGGAUUGUAGACUCCAUCGAUUAAUUUCGAAUUUGUGGAAACGAUGUUGGGGAGGAUGAUGAUGAAGGAGAAACAGAGAUGUGAUGCUCUGUGUCGAGGAGGGAGAUAGAAGAAGGUAGCUUUGCUUUGUGUAGAUAGAGAGAGCGAAGAGGUUGAAGGAAGGAAGCGAGAGGCGCGCUUUGUUUGAUAAAAUGGUGGAGAGAUUUUUAGAAAGCUUUCACAUGGUAACAUGCAAGUGAAUAACAGGGAAAAUGUUGGUGGUGAUCAGUUGCGUGUUAGAGAGAAGCCUCUGGAGAAGCAGAGGUUGUUCCAGAGCAUCCAGAGGCACACUUACUUGAAGGGACCAAUGGACAAGGUCACCUCCGUUGCCAUUCCUCUUGCCUUGGCUGCAUCUUCUCUCUACUUGAUUGGCUGUAAAGAUCGAAGUCUUUGUGGUAUAACAACAAAAAAACACUAUUGUUCUGAGUCGGGUCUCAAAUUGCAGGCCAGUUGCUCCUUGUGUAUUGCGUAUCUAUAAACAUCGACAUGCUUGCGUCCAUU